GUUGCUCAUUUUCCUCUGUGCGAAGCUCAAGCGACCGCUAAUACACCGGCCCAACCAUGUCUAUGGACCCAAUCGACGCCACGCAAGGCAUGCCCAUCUACUGCCGGGCGGCCGUUGCCUGGGAGCCCUCGGAGCCUCUGAGCAUCGAGACCGUCGAGGUGGGAGUGCCCAGACAGGGAGAAGUGCGCGUCAAGAUCCUGCACACGGGCACGUGCCACGCCGACUCGAACACCCUCGAAGGCCUGGACCCCGAGAGGGUUUUUCCUUGCAUCUUAGGCCAUGAAGGCGCCGGCAUCGUCGAAAGCGUCGGGCCCAAAGUGACGCACUUCAAGCCCGGGGACCACGUGAUCCCUCUGUCCACGCCUCAAUGUAAGGAGUGCCGUUACUGCAAGAACCCGCGCACCAACCUGUGUUCCAAGAUCAGGAUGACCCAGGGCCGAGGCUUGAUGCCGGAUGGUACGACGCGGUUCAUGUGCCAGGGCCACCGCAUCUACCACUUCAUGGGCACCAGCACCUUCAGCGAGUACACCGUGGUCUCCGAGUACUCACUCUGCAAGAUCAACAUAGCGGCACCGCUGGACAAGGUGUGGCUUCUGGCCUGCGCCGUGUCACGCGGCUACGGCGCCGCUCUGAACGCGGCCAAGAUCACCAAGGAGAGCAAAGUGGGCAUCUGGGGGCUGGGAGCGGUCGGCCUCUCAGUCGCCAUGGGAGCCAAAGAGCGAGGCGCCAAGUCCAUCAUAGGCAUCGACAUCAACGAGUCCAAGUUCCAGCGAGCCAAGGAGUUCGGCUGUACCGAGUGCCUAAACCCGAACACGCUGUCAAAGUCCGUUGUGCAGCAUCUGGCCGAGAAGACGAACGGCGGGCUCGACUUCACAUUCGAGUGCAUCGGCAACGUCCACACUAUGAGGGAGGCUCUGGAGUCGACCCACGCGGGCUGGGGAGAGUCCAUCAUCCUUGGCGCGGCGCCUACAGACAAGUUGAUCGCCACGCUGCCUUCACAGCUCACCGCCGGCAGGACUUGGCGAGGAUGCGUCUUCGGAGGUGGGCCACUCGCGCGUAUAUCACAAGCCCAUAUCUACUUGCGUCCUCAACUGCAUCGAACUGCGUGUCAUUUCAGUGCACGUAGUCAUUGCACAUCAAGAGCGUUUAGCGAAGCACGAGAUACAUGGCGCAAAACGAAAUGUGUCAUCUUGAAGCGGUCGCCCGCACAAUGCGACCGCUUCCGAUCGUCUUUGCCAACUGAAUCAGGCUAUGUCUAGCGAAGUGCUGUGCCCAUACCGCGGCUACGCUGCCUCCGUCAGAGGUGGAUUUCGGUAGCUGUACAUACAGAGCCUGUGUAAUAAAUAAGCAGGAUAUAUGACAAUGACCUGAAUUGAGUAAGGUGACUGAAAAAAAAGAAAUUAUGGGGCUUUACGUGCAAACACCACUUCCUGAUUAUGAGGCAGACCGUAGUGGAGGACUCCGGAAAUUUCGAACACCUGGGGUUCUUCAACGUGCACCGAAAUCUAAAGGUGGCUGAAGUGCCAGAUGGUAGAACCGCACUAUUUGCUGUCAAGCACUACAUAUCAAUCGCGCUCUUCAUUCGUUAACGAGACGCGUCUUUUCGAAAAUUCUGCAUUGUCGCUGACUUUAAAGAUUUAGCCUCCGUUAGCAAAGUAUUACAUACACCGUUGCCUGCUGGCUUCUUCCACGAGAUGUGUGCAAUAUCGCUCGUCAACUCACACGGCUGCAAAUGUUCCUGCUCUGCGUUCGCGGGGCCCCGCGCGUGUGCGUGCAC